GCUCCUUAGCCAGCCUUCCUCACUCUCUCCCGCCUUCCUCCUUCCCUCCCUCUUCCUUCCCCCAACGACGCAACACACAACAAUCAACACACCCAGACCAAUAGAUGACCGGCGCAGACGACCGCGAGCCCAUCCACGGCCUCACCUACCGUCCCGGCCUCCUCGCCUCCCUCCCCGUCCUCCUCCCCCGCCCCGCCCCCAACCCCCCCAUCCGCGCCCUCUCCGCUUCCCAAUUCGCUCAAAUCCACCUCGACUACCUCCUCUCCCACGCCCCCGACUCCGCCCUCUUUCCCUUCCUCCACGGGCUCGAGGGCGACAACGAGGCCCAGAACCUCUUCUUUGCGACCGCGCGCGGGAAUAGGCACGCGCAGGUGCCCAGCUUUAGGGGUCUUAUCUGGGUUGCGUGCGAUGAUGAGGACGAGGAGGGGACGGCGGGACUCGCACCGCCGUUGUCAGGCAGAGAGAGAGCGUAUGAUGAUGUGUUUGGGUCGGAUGAGAGCGACUUUAGCGAUGAGUUGAGCGACGGCGACGAUGAUGGGGAUGUCGACCUCGAAGACGACGACGACGACAACAGUGAACAGGAAGCGACGUUCGCUAUGGAUAUUGACGAUGGGGCGCAUAUGCAUCCCGUUAAUCAUCGCGCGGCGCCCAUCCCCGCCCCGACCAUCGACACCUCCGUCUUUCCCUCUGCUUCCUCCCAUCAACACUCCGGUCAACAUCAACAUCACCGCCUGCUCUCCUCCUCUACUACAGGCUCAUCGGCCCCUUCCUCCCCCGCCUCCUCCUUCGAACUCCCCCUCGGAUCACCCUCCACCCCCGCCACAUCCGUCUUCUCCUCCCCUCCCACCGCCUCCAGCUGUCUUCCCCCCUACGCCGCCGGUGGCGCCACAUACAACACGCUCAACGCGCCCCCCGUCCCGCUCAGCCCGAGCCCGCCCCCGCUGCCCAGUCCGCCGCUGUUGACCUCGACGUUUAGGCCGAAGGAACUGUUGAGGGUGGGGAAGGGGGGUUAUGAGUUUGUGGAGCCGAGGGUGCCGGAGGGGAUUUCGUUGAGGAAUUUUGGGAUUCAGGUGCCGAUCUACGCCACCCUAUCCGACAUCGUCGUCUACUCGCCCACAGGUAAAGGCCUCACCCGCGCCGCGUUCGCGCUCGCUGAAAAAUUCAAGCUCGCGAUCGAAGCCAAAGCCGCCGCGCGUGCCCGCCACCUCGCCCCCACUACCGCUUCUGGGACCAACGCGGGAGAGGGAGGAGAAGGAAGCGUGGGGCAGAGAGGGGAAGGAAGCGUGGGACAGGGAGAGGGAGUGCCGGUGCGGUAUAACGUGUUCGUGCUGAACGCGACGUUACCGGAGAUGGUGGCGGAGUUGCCGCAUCUUUUGAGUCGGGUGGAGGAUCAUCCGGAGUUCGUGGGUAGGGGGAGUGGGAGUGGGAGUGUGGGGGGGAGUCCGGUUGUGGGGCCGCAGAGGGAGAGGGAGAGGUUGGAUGGGGUUGGGAGGGCUGGUAGCAAUGGAAACGUGUACGGAAACAAGGCGAACGGGAACAAGGCGAAUGGAAAUAAGGUGAGAGGAGUGGGCGGAGGGGAGAAGGGAGUAGGCGUGGAUGUGGCGAGGGGGGUGGGGCAUGGGUCUGGGCAUCGGCAUGGCGGGCACGGAGGUGCACAUACAGAUGGGACGGACGCACAUGUGAAGAGGGAGGAAUCGUAUUCUUCUUCUUCAGCGGCUUCUUCGUUCCAGGAAAACACUGCUGGUGCUGGACCAGCUGGUGUUGAGAUGGAAGUGGUGGGCGGAGAUGGAGACGGAGAGGAGGCGAUGGGGAUGGGGAUGCAGAUGGAUGUGGAUGUGGAUAGCGAGGCUGCGAGGGAGAAGGAAGAGAGGGAGAGGGAGAGGAGGAGGAAGGAACGUGCGAGGGCGAAGCUGUUCAGGGCGAAUACGAUCAAUUUCGCGCAGAGGGAGAAGGACGAGAUGAGGGACCUCACACGGGCUUCGGAGAUCUUGACCGUUCCCGCCACCACCAUGACCUCCACCACCACCUCCUCCACCAUGACCGCAGCCACGGGAUAUGGAUAUGGAUAUGGAGGCUGGGGCGUGCAGAGUCCGAGUCCGUCGGUGGCGAGUAUUAAGGCGAGCGCGUCGGCGAUGGAGGAUGGGGUUAGGCCGUGGAAUGGAGCGUUGGGACAGGUGUUUUUGGGGAAUUCGAACGAUGUACCGCUUUCGGAGGACUUUUUGGAGGCGGAGGCGGAGGCUGCUUCGCCGGGUGCUAUUGACGCCACCUCCACUUCCACCGCCACUUCCACUUCCACCACCACUGCCGCCAACGGAACCACCGCCACUAACGGAACCACGGCCGCCAACGCGACCAUGGGCGAGGGAGCUCGGAGGCUCGAUCCGUUUGAUUUUAGGGAUAACGAUCCGGAUGGCGGGUUUGGGUACGAUAUAUGCAUCGAGUGCCAUGAUAGGGCGCCGCAGCCGCAGGCGGUGCAUCUGAAGGCGGCGGAGGAUCAUCUGAGGAGUUUGGAUGCGGCGUGGGUGGAGAAGUGUCAGGCUGCUGCUUCUGCCUCCUCCUCCUCCUCCCCUUCCUCUACCACCGACAACAGCAGCACAACCUCGACUGAUGGAACCACGGCCUCAAAAGAAGGAGAACAGACGUGGAACGAGAGAGGAGAAUGGAUGGGUCGCGUCCGACCCCCGCCGAGCGCCAACGCGGUCGUGCAUCUGCCGUUCCCGAGUUCGCCGUUGAGUCCCAACGCGGCGGUCAGCGCGCUCUUUUCGUUCUUGGAGUUUUUGGAGAGGGUGCUCAUGGGCGCGAGCGUGACGAGUUCGGGGUUCGGGUAUGGGUUCGGUGUUGCUGGUGGGGGAUCGCCUUCUGGAAAUGGCCAUGGUGCGGCGUAUGGGUAUGGAACAGGAGGGGGGUCGGCGUCACCGUCGUCUAGGCAGGGCGCGUUUGUGGGGUCUGGGUCUGGUGCACAGAAGCAGUUGGGUGCAGGGCAGGGUACGGGGGCGAGGAAGGGGAUGACGAGGCCGGCGAAGGUGUUGAUUUAUAGUUCGGAUGGGUAUACGGAGAGUAGCGUGCUUGCGCUUUGUUUGUUGAUGGCGAUGAGGGGGAUGAGUCUGCCGCAGGCGUAUUUGGAGCUGCAGGUCACGAAGAAACGCAGCUUCUUUGUCUAUCAGGCCGAUAUCGCGAUCUUGAAGCGCGUCGAGGCGAAGCUGGCGAAGGAUCGACAGAUCGUUGGGCGGGGUGCGCCUGCGUACGUUCAUCGUCCGUUCUUGCCUGGACAUAACUCUUCUGGAUCCGGGUCUGGGUCUGGUAUCCUCGGUCGAACGCCAUCCAAUUCGAUCUCGAACCCUACCUCUACACCUACGAACAUACCCUCUCACCAACAAGGUCAAGGCCAUCACCAUCCGGCGUUGUUGUCAGCGUCUUAUGAAGAACAUUCAUUAUCUGCGGGUGUCGUGGCUGAGAACGGCAGCGGGGAAGGUGGAAGUGGAGAUGGGGAUGGGCUUGGGAGGAUGAUCGUUCCGAGUCAAGGAUUUGGGCAUGGUGGGCAUGGGUUCGUGGGUAGGCCGAGGGCGAGCACGAGCCCGAUGUUGCCGAGUUUGGUGGAUGAUCAUCAGGUUUGGUUUGAUGACCCGCGGUUCGAUGGGAGUUUCCCGAGCAGGGUGCUGCCGUUUUUGUAUCUCGGGAAUCUGAACCAUGCAUCUAAUGCGUAUAUGCUUCACGCACUCGGCAUCACCCACGUCGUCUCCGUAGGCGAAUGUGCCCUCGUCCCCCCUCCAGACGUCGCCGGCACCGGCACCAGCGCGCCCUCCGCCUCCGCUUGUCAUACCGUCGCCACCCCUCGUUCCGGUACGUCUACGGCCGGCCACAAACGUCGUGGUUCGUUGUGGAUCGAGGAGAGGGAGGGUCGGAUCAAAGUGUUGGAUAUCAAGGGCGUUUGUGACGACGGGAUCGAUACGCUCGAGCCGCAGUUGGAGCCGAUUUGUGAGUGGAUCGAUAAGGCGAGGCAGGAGGGGGGGCAGGUGCUUGUGCAUUGUAGAGUUGGGGUGUCGAGGAGUGCGACUGUUACCAUCGCCUACGUCAUGAAGCACCUCGCGCUGCCCCUCGUCGACGCCUACCUCAUCGUGCGAUCUCGGAGGCUGUCGGUGCUCAUCCAGCCGAAUAUGAGGUUGUUGUAUAAUCUCUGCGGGUGGGAGGUCAAGCUCGCGAGGCAAAGGGCGGGCGGGGACGAGGAGAGGCUGAAGGCGGAGUUGGCGACGUGUUUGAAUUGGCCGUAUUUGGCGAGGGAGGUGCAUGCGUUGAAUGAGAAGUAUUUGAGUUAGGGGGGUGGGUGAAGUGAAGAAGAAGAACGAAAAAUGUUUUUGUGCUUGUAGUGUAAUUCUCAAAGAUGUACCGUACACUCCGCCCCGCCCCGCCGGGGCCGGACUGUUUGUUUUUCCUAUCCUGUCCUAUACUCUCCUCAUCUCCAUUGUUAUCUGCAUAAACCCCCUCUCCCUCUCCCCGCUCCGUCCAUCAUACAUCCACAUUUCCACAUUCUGGCCUUCUGCCUGUCAUCCAAUAUUGUCCGCAUCUGUCUCUGUCUCUCUGUCUGCCUGUUUGUCUUAUCGUUCUGAAUACUUUUCUCUUUUUCUCUCUGUCCUCAUUCUCUCCAUCCGAACCUCUCUCACUGUCUCAUCCUCAUUCUCAUCGUCUGCAUCUGUACCUUACUGUACUUCUAUUGUAACUCCGUCCCUCCUCAUCUUCUGAGUCGGUUUCAUCAAUUUCCUGUGUACAUAUACGCGUGACACCUUCAAUCAUACUUCCGUUGGAGGCACGCCAUUGUCGCUGUACCGCGUUAUUCGCCUUGACUCGUCUCUU